AUGGCUUACAGCAAUAUUCACAAAAAAAAUUCUGCCUUACGCUUCGCCGAUGUGGGUACAUUACCAAAACGAAUGUUGGCACCUAUUGAAGGUUAUGAGAAAGCACCACUUGUAACACUCGAGGAAGCUGUGAAGCCUCUUGUCAACAUUGUACCUAAAGUCGAACGAAAUGUAUUCGUAGUCAAACAGAACUGUCAAAAACCAGAAGAUGGUUUAAACACUGACGAAUCAGCUUCGAUUAUGCUAUACACUUAUGAAUCGAUGCCACAUGAAGAUUCCCUGUACGUGAAACUUAAUGAAACUUUACGAUCCGAACAAAGAAAAAAUUUAAUCCC